AUGGCCGAACCAGUGUCAAGCACCAGAGCCACCCGGAGUGGAGGUUUGCAACAGAUUCAUGUCGGUCCAAAAGUCGGAACACUUCUACUGGCCGUAGGUGGAGUCGGAACAACGCCUCCAGAGCAUUGGACAAACUCAAAAGGCCAGCUGUGGUUGGGCACACUAGACGCAAAAAGUGCUCCUGACAUCGGUAUUCUUUCCUUUCCGAACAAACUUGCGGCAAAUGGUGUCCUUUCUGGAAGAGAUGUCGAAGAUGAGGGCGCUGCUCUUCUAGGCGAGUUGAGCCGCCUCGUCGAAGAUGAUACUGUCAUCAAUACUCCAAUAUUGCUGGUCGCCCACAGCUUAGGCGGAUUGAUUGUGAAAAGGGCCAUAUGUCUGGCAAAACAGAGUCCGAAAACCUAUCGCAAUGUGAUACGCAGGAUUGCUGGCUUUGUCUUCAUGGGAUGUCCGCAUUCAUUGUCUCACGAACUGAAAGACUGGGUUGGUGUCGAAUGGAUCCUACAGAAAUUCACGAAGGGGAGAAAUAAUUCCCUUGAUACGCAAUGUGUUCAAAGUCUGGCCGUGGAUUGCGAGACUUUCCGAGUCAUCCUCGCCGAAGACGAGAAGCAUGUCUUGACAGUGAGCGAAAAGAAGGGAAUGAGCAAGCAAGUUAUUGGGAAGAAAGUUCUAGGCGAUACUGAAGCAAAAAGUUUGUUACCCGAGAUUCAGCAACAAUAG